UCUUCCAGCCUCUCAAGUUGAGUUAAAGAUGUCGCCCAAAUUCGCACUUGCAAUCCUGCUUCUCAGCUGCGUUCUUCUGGGAAUCGCCAAUGCCCAGCAACAGUGGUACCCCCGCCAACAAACUUAUAAUCGCCCAAAGGUGGGUUCCCGAAACUUGGAUGGAGGCGGCCCUUUACCGCCAAACUUCCCCCCACCAUCCGGUGGACCUUUGGACGGAGGUGGUGUUAACCCGGAUUGCAUGCCCAAUCAACUGGCCAGCGGCAAUGUUGACAACAAGAGACCCAGACAGAGGCAUUAAGUAGUGGGAUAAACAUAUAACCCAGAAUAUGAACAAGAGCUUUAUAUAUUCUGAAGGAACCUAAUGAAAUUGAUUUGGAAUUCGUUUAAAAAAAUGUUUCGCUGGCAAUAAACAUCUUAGAAACCAAUUUUAAACCCCA